GCGUUUCUCCAGGAUGGGGGGCUGCGGGGUAAGGAAAAUCACCCCUGCAGGGCGCGCGGCUGGCACGCUCAAAGUGACCCGGCUGCUGAGUGUUGCUGGCAGAACCAGCUGAUCCCAGCCCCUCCUAUCAGGCUCAGCCCAGCGCUCGUGGGGGGAGAGAAGCAAGGCCCUGCCUAGAGCUGCGGAGUACUCGUGGGGGCUGCAGGGAGUGGCCCAGAUCUGGCCAUGUCCGACUAUCAGAUUUCAGUGGAGGAGCUGAACGACCUGCUGGCUAACGGCAGCGGCUGCUACAGCCUCCCCAGCGCGCACAGCAACGAGGUGGCACCCCGCAUCCACGUGGGGAACGCGCGAGGCCUUUGGAGGUGGAGGAACAAUUACCCAGAACAACCCCCUGAGUUUGUUCAGUCUGAGAGGAAGGACCUAAGCCAUUUCAAGGUGUUUUUAUUCACCCCUGCAUGUUCUUGGAGGUUCAUAGCCAAGAAUAUCAUGAGGUUGCAGCGCCUGGGCAUAACCCACAUCCUGAAUGCAGCAGAGGGAAAAUCCUUCAUGCAUGUGAACACUAAUGCAGAGUUCUACGAAGGCACAGGCAUCACUUACCAUGGCAUUAAAGCUAAUGACACCCAAGAAUUUAACCUCAGUUGCUAUUUUGAGGAGGCAGCUGACUUUAUUGACAGUGCGCUGUCCCAGAAGGAUGGCCGGGUGUUUGUACACUGCCGUGAAGGCUACAGCCGCUCCCCAACACUGGUCAUUGCUUAUCUCAUGCUUCGCCAGAACAUGGAUGUCAGGUCUGCAGUGAGCGCUGUCCGGCAGAAGCGAGAGAUUGGGCCCAAUGAUGGCUUCCUGAAGCAGCUCUGCCAACUUAAUGAGAGAUUAGUGAAAGAGGGCAAACUGAAGCCCUAAACCGAGGAGCUGCAUUUUCUCAGAGAGGCUCUCCUGACUGUCAAAGGGUGCACGUUAGGUGCUUUAGAUAACCCAAACUUAAACUGCUAGGCUAGGUCAUGCGGUGCGAGGGAGGCAGAGUCCCUUCUUGUCUAGUGAAAGUAUCUUCCACAUGUCUGGGUCUGCCCUUUAAAAUAGCACAAAGCUCCAUCACUCCUAGGAGUGUUGCACUAAAGAAAGCUCUUUAGAGGGAUAAUUCCAACAAUGUAUCAGCUGUCAUCACAUGUGUUUCUUUCAGAGCUCACUGGAGGUCCCAUGACAUACGUACUUCGCAUUGACUUUGGAUGUCAUUUAUUUUAGCUUCAUGUUCUUGAAUCCCACCAGUGCAACUUGGCCGCAUGGGUGCCUAAGAGCAGAAACGCAUCUCCCUUCACUUGCUUUUAAUUGAAGUACUGUAUUUUUAAAAGUGUAUCUCACAAACUCACAGGUGCCUAAAGUCUGAGUGUAGGAGCUUGCAAAGACAGAGAAGUAUAUAUGCAAAUACACAGAUGCACUCACCCCUAUUAGUGUGUUUAGCUUUGUGUGUGGUAUGGAUAUAUACAAUACAGUAUACAUACAGGGCUUGAGUGUGGCAGUAAAGCCAUCCAGAGUCUGAUGGUAAUACAAGUACCCUUGAAAAUAGAGUUUGUAUAUCUGUUGUUUGUGUUUAUUAUUAAGUAGAAACAAAAAUGCUGUAUUUUUUUCAUCUUAAAAUUUAGACGGAAAAGUAAAAUAUAGAGAGCAAGUAUCAAAGGAAAGAAUCGAAUGUGAGGAGCAGAGAAUGGGAGUGCUUAGGUAUGUUGAUACUUGGUGUGAGUAUAAGAACCUGAACAGAAGACACACACAAUGUGAACUGGCUGCUUAUGAGGGAUUUUAGUGAAUUUCAGGUUCUUUUUUCUUUAACCUCACUAUUAUUUAUAUUGACCCUGGAAAGCUUGAACCUGAAAUCUUUUUCCUCACUGAAAUAUUUUCCCUUCAAGAAGCACACACACUGAUUGCUUAUUGUAAGAUGCCCAUUGUAAGGGACAGCACAUUCUGGCUUGAAGUAGGAUUGCACUGUUUGUGUUUAAAGAGAAAUGAGCCCUGUUGCCCAUCAUAUGGACAUGGCAAACAUUUACUUGCAAGUGGUUGAUAUCUUUAGCCUCUCUUAGAUGCUGCCCCAUUGAGUCACUGCAGUAUCUGGAGUGUAAGCUGCUUCGUUUACAGUGUGUAUAUUGGCUGAGUGUGCAAACAUAACUUUAAAGGCUUGCAAAGUGCUGUACAUGUACUCAGGGCCUCACUGGUGCACCCCCAGAAUUGUUGGUAAUGCUAUCAGAACCCUGCAUAUACUUGUUCAGUUUUUCUGUGUGAUUUUAUGUAUUUAAAGGAUAACAUUUUAACAAGAAAAACUCUUGUAUUAUUGAUGCACACAACACCCAGCACUAGGUUGUUCUUUUUGUGUAUUCGAUUUUUUUUAACCGUGUGUCAUUUCCUGAUCUAUUUUUAUUUUAAUAUUUCGUACACUUAGUUUGGUUUCAAGAAAGUUGUGGCUUGGGUCACUUGGCCUAUGACUCCAUAUGUGACUUCUCUAGUCAAAAACAGGGCUUGCUUCAGUUUCUUUGCAUAGGAUAGGGAUAGCCAAACAAUAGUCCAGCUAGCCCCGUACCCUAUCUUUGUCAGCGGCUAGUACCAGAUGCUUCCACAGAAAAACAGCCUCAUAAUGGAUAAUUAUGGAAGAAUCAGCACAUGGAAUUCAAUCAUACUUACUAUCUACUAAAUCCUGUGCAUUUAGUGAUUGGCAUUUGUCCUGAAGCAGGAGGGUUUACAUCCUUUAUAGAAUUUUAUCAUAUCUAAUGCAUUUGGGGAUACUUUUCACUAUCAGUAUAAAUGUCUGAUUUUUAAAAAACCAUUACUUUCAUAUAUUGUGAUAGUGAGUUUCACAGGUUAAUUAUGUUUGUGUAAAAGUCUUUCCUGUUGAUCAGAUUUUUAAAUCUGUUGCCUUUUAAUUUCCUUGGUUGCCCAUUUUUCUGGUAUUAUGAAAGAUGGUGAAAAGGAGCACCUGCCUUAUCUUUUCUACAUUACUCAUUCUCCAUUUUGCAUACUACAAUCUUGUUACAGAUAAAGCUGUUUUUCUACUUCUGUUGAUGAUAGAGUUUUUAUCUCUUUACCUACAUCAGUGUAUUGCAAAUAUGAAUCCAAAUAAGAUAGAAAAUAUGUACACACACCUCCACUCUAUUUUGGCUUUGAUUUGGCAUUUAGAAGGUAGGGCUCCAACCGAAUGAGUGAUCUAAAAAGAAUUUUAUUAUUAGGCAUUAGAUUUUUUUUUCCACAGAUGCUCCUAGAUUAAUCUGUUUAGUUAGUGGGAGUGUGAUUAGAAACAUCCAGGAAUGAUCUCAGUGUUUUUUGUUGGAAUAGUAGAGUCCAUCUGUUUUGUGGUGGUGGUAGGAUUUGCACAGCUCUGUAUUGUCUUGAACCACCUAAAAGCAGGUGGAGAGAGUGCUGCUCGCAGUUGGCAUAUGACUAAAAUGAACUGGAAAACAAGACAGAUAAGAAAAAUAUGGAGAUAUUUUUCCUCUGUUUAUAGGACCUUUUCAGAGUUCAUUUGCAAUGAUGUAAUAUCACGAACUUCAGUGGCAUAACAUCUGAUUUACCCCAAUGUAAACAAAAUCGGAACCAGGUCUUCAGUGUUCAAACUUGGCAGAUCUGGUGUCUAUUGAGAAUGAAUAAAAGAUGCCUGUGGGAAAGGAAUUAGCCCAAAAGCAAGCUCUGAAACAUUAUAUCCUAUAGUGAGUUACUGAGUAGUUUGACUCAUACAUGAAACUGAUUCCUUAUUUCCUAUCCAUUCUCUUUGUUCUGCUCAUAGUCUUGAAUAGUAUAGUUAGAUUAUAACUUGUGAUGUCACUUGUACUCCUCCAGUCUUUCAUCUGUUCUUUCAGUUUAAGUCCUUUAAUGUUGCACAGUAUUCUGCAGAUUGCAGCUGUCAGAGAAGAGCUCUUAGUUCUAAAUUUAAUUCCAUAAUCAUGUUAUGCUUCUCAGUGCAUCUCCUUGACUGUAGGUGCUAGAUCUUAUUAAAAGGAAAAAAUAGAGAUUUCUUCCAUCAUAAGAUGAAAUGGAGAAAGUACCAAAAAAUACUGUGCCUUUUUACUGAAACUGGAGUGGAGCUGCCCACUGCUGCUGUGUGUUCCUUACUGGCGUGACCAUUAAGAAAUAUAUUUUUAAGCACAGAAGAAUAGGUAAGUAGGAACAUGGUGCAGUACCAGUGAUUAAACUGUUUUAGCUGUAACCAAGAAUGCUGCCUCUGGAUUUGUUGAUAUAAGUUUUAUCUCUAAAUAACAGAACUUUGCUUUUUGUCAGAGUAAAUACAAUCAGAGCUUUGGAGAAGGGAGGAUGUCUCUUCAGGAUACAAACCUGUCACAGAACAAGUACAUCUACCAUGCCAGACUCCAAUAUAACAAGAACUAAAGCAGUUGCUUUUUGCUUUGCAGGAAUGUUUUGGGUUUGUUUGUUUGUUUACUAAAAAAGCAACUCCAGUAGGUAAUGAGUCCUCUAAAAUAUCGUUGUUUGCAAACACUGUUCUCAUGCUUCAGACUGAAC